AUGGAGAAAUCGUUGAAAGACAGACCAGACCUAACCUUCGGUGAUAUCAAGAAUGGAAUUCCUAGUUGCACUUUAUCACGGUUUAAUUUGGAAACUUUUUUACGUGAUGCUUUGUUGAAUAAUCAAAUGAAAAUUGAAAUUUGGGGACAAGAAUCACGAAAAAGUAAUAGUUGGAAAAUUAUUAAAAGGGCAUCUCCGGGAAAUAUACAAGAACUCGAGGAUCUUUUGUUUUCCAAUGUAGACGCCGCUGCAUCUCCAGUGGUACUUAGUGUUAAACUAGCAAGUCGAGAAGGACAAAAGAUUGUUGGAGUAGCAUUCGCAGAUACAACAAUCCGCGAACUAGGAUUGUCUGAAUUUGUAGACAAUGAUUUGUGCACAAAUUUUGAGUCUCUACUAAUCCAACUUGGAGUUAAGGAAUGUAUUAUUCAGGCGGAUGAAUCGCGUAAAGACUACGAUCUCUCAAAAUUAAGGGAUGUGAUGAACAAAUGUGAUGUGGUCAUUACCGAAUUAAAAAAGAAUGAAUUUUCAACCAAGGACAUAGAACAAGAUUUGAACCGCUUGCUUGGAGAUGAGAUUUCGGUGACUUCUCUUCGAUCGAAUAAAACAACAAGUUUAUUUGGUCUCUUGAAUAAAUGUAAGACUUCUCAAGGGUCGCGUUUGCUUGGUCAAUGGCUAAAACAACCUUUAAUGAAUCUGAAGGAAAUUGAACAAAGGCUUUCGCUUGUUGAAAUUUUUGUGGAUGAUACCGAAGUUAGACAGUCGUUAAGAGAGGAGAACCUGAGAAACAUACCAGAUCUUCACAGGAUUGCUAAACGAUUUCAAAGAGGGAACGCAUCAUUGCAGGACGUUAUACGUGUCUACCAGGUUUUGGUAAAACUGCCCGAACUGGUAAAUGUACUGGAAUCCUUCAAUGUCACAGAUAAUGCGGUCAAGGAUGCCAUUGAAGAUGUGUAUCUCGUAAAAUUAAGGGAACAUAACAGUCAGCUCGAAAAAUUGAAAGAGAUGGUUGAGACGACUGUCGAUUUUGAAGCAGCCGAGAAUCAUCAUUAUGUUAUAAAGGCUGAUUUUGAUGAUACAUUGAAAGACCAUAGCGAGUUAUUGGUAAUCACUGGUCCGAAUAUGGGGGGAAAGUCGACCUACAUUCGCCAAAUCGGUGUGAUUGCGUUGAUGGCACAAGCUGGGUGUUUUGUUCCAUGCUCAGAGGCUAGCUUGUGUAUAUUUGAUUGCAUACUUGCCAGAGUAGGUGCAGGUGACAGUCAACUCAAGGGUGUUUCCACUUUUAUGGCGGAAAUGCUCGAAACGGCGACCAUAUUAAAGACGGCGACGGCAAACUCAUUGAUUAUUAUAGAUGAACUCGGACGCGGAACGAGUACCUAUGAUGGAUUCGGCUUGGCUUGGGCCAUCUCAGAAUACAUAGCGACAAAUUUAAGAUGUUUCUGCCUGGUCGCAACCCAUUUUCACGAAUUGACGGCCUUGAGCGAUAAUAUUCCUUAUGUGCGUAAUUUACACGUCACGGCACAUGUUGGACAAAAUGCUAACGGAACGCGCGACAUUACUUUAUUGUACAAAGUGAAUGAUGGCAUUUGUGAUGAAAGCUUUGGCAUUCAUGUUGCGGAGCUGGCCAAUUUUCCUGAAACUGUCGUUAAACUUGCAAAAAGAAAAGCAAGUGAAUUGGAAGACUUCACUCGAAACGAUCAAGAAGCGAAAAAAUGUUCAAAGCAAGAAAUUGAGGGAGGGAACACUGUCAUUGAAGGGUUCCUGAAAGACAUUGUUCAAACGUCGGAUAUUGAAUCAAUGGAUUAUGAUUCAACGCUAAAUCACAUUUGCCAAAUCAAGGAGAAAUAUGAAGGAAGAAUCAAGGAUAAUCCGUGGUGUCAGGAUGUCAUAGAAGGUUUCUAA